AUGAAAUUUUUCCUGCUUAUUUUAAUACUUGAAAUAUUAUUGGAUAAAUUUGUUAGCCAAACUAGUCCGGGAAAUUAUCCAACACACACUUAUGAUCAAUUUGCUUCUCACUUUAGACAAGCAUACACUACAAUUGUAGUAACAGGUGAUCAAGGCCCUGAUUAUUUCAAUUCAUUGUAUGCAUAUCCUCAAUUUCCUCAACUUCUAACACCAUGCAGCCAUAUGUAUCCAGUGAAUAUAAUUAUUGGAAAUACAAAUAGCCAGAGUGGAUUUUCUAUUGAGUUUGGUUGUAACUACAAAAACCUCGAUGAUACAAUAGUAGUAAGUAGUAGUUAUUCUCAUCUUAAUGUUAACUCAACGGCUAUUUUAGAAGGAGCAUGCACAUAUUUUGCGUCUUAUUUAAACAUGGCAAGCUUUUCAGUAUUUCAAACAAACUCUUAUACUAAUAUUACAUACUUGAUUCCUGGAAGUGUAGUUUUGCAUACUCUUUCUUUAAUUCCUACAUCCAGUGCAAUUUUAGGAACUCGUUCAAAGUUUGAAUGGAUUAAUUCUCACUUCUUUGGAAGAAAAAACAAAUAUGAUUUACCAUCAUUUUUAAACUUUGUUGGUGAUUUUAGUGGGACAUUUUCUCUUCCACUAACUUACAAGAUUUUUCUUCCAGAUGACGUAUUACCAGGUGUAACAGUGGUUGGAUCUCAAUCUGAAAGGUAUUAUUUAGAUCAGUUUAACGUCACACUUACAUAUGGAAAUUACACGAAUGUAAAUAGUUCUGGUUCCAACUCUGAUUCAAAUUCUCAAUCAGAAAAUAGUUGGAUUUCAAAAAAAGGACUUGCAGGAAUAAUUCCAAUUGUAUAUCCUACUGUUGCGAUCUUACCAAUUCAAUUAUAUCAAGAUUGGAGAAAGGAUGAAAAUAAAGUUGUUCCUUCAUGGGGAGCGAGCAAUGUUCCUAUAGGAUUUUCACCAUUAAAGUUACUUCCUCCUUCAAAUCUUCCAAAAUCAGGUUACAAAGGUUGUGGAAGCAACUUUGAAUUUUAUUAUCCAGAGCACGCAGAAUUAGGAAAUGAUUACAGUAUUGAUAAAAACCAAACACUGAGUCUAUUAAAAAAUACAUCAGAUUCAAACAUUUAUCAUAUGAAUACUCUCCAAGGGACUUUCUUUUUCAAUAAGGUUCCAUAUUCAAUGAGUGGAGAUACUAAUGGACAAUUAAAAAAUAUUCUUCCUGGAUAUCAAUUUCUGGAUACAAAUUACAUUGGUGGGUGUUUCUUUAAUGGAACGUACCCAUUAGCUGUAAAUGAACUUGGAGCAGGAUUUAAAGCAGGUUCUCUUUGCUAUACAGAUUCUAUGGAUAGCUAUCCAACUUCAAAUAGUCAAUUUUAUCCACCUCCACUUAAACAUUCUGGUUACCUUACUCAGCCAGGCCAUAUGGUGGGAGUGUUAACUACAAUGAGUCAGUUUGUUAGAUACUCAGUUUCUGGUGGUAUUUCUCAAAACGAACCUCAAAAUUUACGUCCAUAUAAUCAUAAAUACCCAGGAUUAGGGAUUUCACAGUCAAUAAUUUAUGAUAUAUUCAACCAUGGACCAAGAAUAAUGGUUAAAUCCCCCUUUAAUGUAUAUGAAAAAUCUUCAAUUGAAGUUUUGUUUGACUAUUUUGCUUUAGGAGAACCUUAUACUCUUAGAAUGUUUGGCCAAUACGGCUCUCCAGGCUCUGCAAUGAGUUGUAGAUCUCCAAGAUAUAUUCCAAACAAUGAAGAGAUGAGAGAUAUAAAUGUAGAAUGGCUUUGUUUUAAGCCAAAAACGUCAAUCACCCAAAUUCAAGCAGCAACUGAACUUAAAAGAAUGGUUUCUGAAGAUUGUACUAUUUCCCAAAACUUGGAACCUUGUGUUGCUAACCAAGGAGCUUUAGGAGUAAAUUCUUGGUCACUUAAUAUUCCUGCUGGAUCCUAUGAUAAGAGUAAGGUUGCAUUAAUAGUUCAGAACUUAACUGAUUUAAAUUUUCCAAAAAGCUUCAGUACUUAUCUUGAUGCAGGCUCCUGGUUUAGAAUUACGGUACUGGAUGAUAAUCCAUAUAAAGAAACUUGGUAUCCACAUAGCUUUUGUAAUGUACUUCCGGUGCUUCCGGUCGUUCCAAUUUCCUUACCUCAAAUAUUAAGGCUGAGUUCAAUGACUCAACCAUGGGAUCACUUUAGAGACUCUAUUUAUUCGAUAUACAUUUCAACAUUGGAAAAUACAUAUGUAAGUGUCGAAUUAUCUUUGGGAUCUGAAACUUCAUUACCAGCUUCUACAGCAAUAUACACUACAGCAUAUUUACUUUGUCAGAACAUGCAGCCUUUACAAUUAAAGAUAUUGCCAGAAAAGCUUUCUUUAUCUAAUUUACUAACUCAUGGUACUCUGCCUUUAACAGCUGAAGUUCCUCCUAUUGCAGCAGGUCUCAGAGGAAGCUUAGACUGCUUUUUGAACUUCUACACAAGCUUUAACCAGCCAUUUUCAGGAAGAGUAGGUACUUUUAGUAGCUUUAGUGGAGCAGCCCCUGCAACUCCUCCAUCUGGGAUAGCAAUGUAUUCCUAUUAUUUGUUGGCAGAAUCUCCUCCAUUUGUGGGCACCUUGAGUGUUUUUGCUCCUGAUCCAGAGGGUUCAGUACUUACAGACGCUAUUUUCAUACUUGCAGAAAAGAUUCUCUAUGGCUCUGAUUAUCAAUCUGGUGUUUUCCCUUCUGUAGGUAUUCUCGCAUCAAGUUCUGCAACUAUUAAUGAAGAUUCUACGGUUAUUUUACUUGGAGAUUCAUUAUUAGCUCUUCCACAAACAAUUAGGUUACCUGCAAUUACAGAUACGUGGUAUAUAUACUUCAGAGCUCAAACAUCUUCAAAUAGUGGCUGUAGUAUUCCAUGUUUAUCUAGCAUCAAAAAUACAUUUUUUUCUCAUUGGUGUUCUUCCCCUGAUUCAGAAACUCAAAUUUGUCCAAAACAAAUAUUAAAGAUGCAAGAAAAGGACUCAGAUGAGAACAUUCUAGAUGCAAUUGCAGCGUCUCUAAAUUCAGUGUCAUACUAUUCUCUCAAUGAUGCUUUCCAGUUACUUUCUGGUCUUUUACUACAGCCAAUAUCGCAAAAACUAGUUUGGGAGGACUAUUUUGAGUUACUAUAUGAAAAGAUUUUGGAUCCAAAUCAAAUUCCAAGAGCACUAGAUUUUGCUGCAUCUAGACAUCAACUUUUAUUCAUUUUAAAGCAAGUUUUAGAAGUCGCAUUUAAUAAUCCAGGGUUAAAAAUAGACACUUUGGCACCAUUACAGAUUUUUCCAAAUGUAACAUUAAAUGCUGAAUGUGCUAAUAAUCCUGGCACAAAGUAUCUCAUUUUGGACAAUUUAGAUCUUCUCCUUGCUAAUAAUAAAGACAUUGGAACAACACUUGAACCAAGUACUGAUAGAAUGGAUAUAAUUCUUAGAGGAGUUGAAGCUGUCGCUAAUAGAUUUUCUUUUUGGAGUGGACCUACUCAAACUCUAAAUUAUACAGGUAAAUAUUCAGGUAUAAAUAUUGAUAUUCAUACUACAUCCUUCUUUAUGGCUUAUUCUGGAGUUCAAAUUGGUUCAUUGAAAUUUAAAUAUCUUACAAAAAUGGACUUUAGAGAACUUCAUCUGAUUAAUUCCUAUUAUUUGAAGCUUAAUGAGAAGCUUUAUAAUCCUCAAGAAGUACAAACUAAUUGUUCAAGCUCCAUUUUUACAAUUUCAUCAGCGUCAAUCAGCUCUGAAAGAAUCUAUGAUAGCCUAGUUGAUAUUGGGAAGAGAAACAAAACUGAAAUGAAAGAAAAUCCUGGUGUUUACAUAGGUUCUGCUUCACUUUUUUGGUGUUCAGUGGACUAUCAAGCCACAAAUAUGCUUCAGCAAGUAGAAUUCAGUGUUAAUAUACAAACCGGAGAUGAACUGGACCUUUCAAAUAUGCUUUGUGCUGCAAAGAUUAAAGACCAGUGGCUUACAUCUGUUUGUAGGACCAUACUGACUGUUUCUGGAUCAAAAGGAAAAGAAACAUCUAGGUUCGAAUGCUCAUGUAAUGCUAUCUCAGAUUAUGCCCUUUUAGGAUUCCCAAUUCUUCGAAAGUUUAAUCUUUCUGAUGGAAGCUAUGACCCGUUCUCACCUUCAAUAAACAAACCAUGGGGAGGUUUUGACGAUUCUCUCAACAGCUUUACAAAUAAUGAAACUUUGGUUUCAAAGAUCAUUAAUUCAUCAUAUUCUGGUUUUAUUUCCACAUUUGAAACAAUUAAUGGGGCUCCUCCCUUAUUAAAAUCAAAUUUAUCAAGCUUAGGAACAAGAGUUGGAAUCAAAGGUAAUUACAAGCAGGAAGGUAGGGAAGAAAAGAAAACUUUCGGAAUAGAAUGGGGAAUAUAUGAGACUCAGUCGGUAUAUAAUAUUUCAGACAAUAUAUUAACUUCCUCUAAUAAUAACAAUUAUAUUUUAUGGGGACCUACUGGAAAUUAUACUAAUAAAAUAAACGGAACAAGUACCUAG